AUGAAAUCGCUGAAUGCCGGAAGGUGUAUCAAAAUUGAUGAAAUCGGUGCGUAUUCGGUCAAUGUUGUAACAAAUCAAGUGACGAUAGGCUACGAUCACAUUCCUCGUUUGAUUUCGAAUGUCGAUGACGUCAUCGGAAUCGAUUUGGAAGAAGGAAUGGAGGAGUUCAAGGCGAAACACAACGAUAAAAACCUGGAAAGCCUUCUGAAAUUCAUCAAAAUGCAAUGUAAAUUUGGGUCCGAUUUAAAGGAGCAGAUUCGGGCGGAUUUUGUCACGAAUCGAGGAACAAUAGCGCGAUUUUUCACCUCGACGAAAACAAAAUUCAUUGCGAUUCGAAAAAAUGGUGUAAUUUUUCUGUAUAAUACCGUCACUUAUGGAUGCAGCGACUCGGACGUCAAACGGCUAAGGCGCGUGAGAAAGUUUGAUUAUAUCACUUCCGCUGGGAAUUUUCGAAAUCCCUGCGAGAAUUGUGAAGAGGUCCGUGUUGUGUUCCGCGCGACGCUGAAAACUGGCUGGCGGAUAUACUAUAAUGCGAAAAUCAAUGGAAUCGACGAAGAUGGAAAUUAUGUGGCGAAAAAAAUUAAUAGCAAAGUUCGUCUCGACGAUUCGCAAAAAUUGUCGCGUCGAAAGAAUAGAGAGCACCUCCCGCAUUUCUUCUCGAAUACAAAAACCAUUUUAAGAGGAAUUGUUAACAAUCAAGGAACACUUGUGAAUAUUGAGCGCGAGGAUGUCGAUUUCGCGUUGAUUGUCGGCCAACUUCCGAUUCUCGAGCAUUAUUUGAUGCUGAUUCGCUGCCAACUUCGCCACGAUGAAAUGGCAGUAAACAUUUUUCUUCAACCUGAUCGAACUCUUUUAUUUGAGCCAUUGCAUGACUGUUCACUUGUGCCAGACGAUUUUCUUGAUCAAUUUUCAUAA